AUGUCUUUUAGCGACGGCGGGAAAACUGUGCGAUGCACGGCCCCGACUUUUAGCUUUUGCUCGGUCCUCGGUAUUGGCGACCAGAAAUGCGAUAAGCCUUGGACGGACCCCGACGACCCUGAAGAACCUCCAGUCGAAACUACAGAUGCGCCGACCACCACGGCAAAACCCAGCAAAACCACAUUAAGUCCUACUACGUCCAAAGUCACCAACACAACGUCGUUGGCCCCAACAACGACAAAGGCCACUGCAAAGCCCACUCCCACUACUACUCCAGUUGCCACCUCAGCGUUAGAAAACACCACAACGCAACCUGUGACGACUCCAGACUCUGGCACUGGAACUGGAUGGAUCAUGUACGCAGGCAUCGGCGUUGGGGCGGCAAUUGUCAUUGGUGUUGUCGCCCUCCUCGUCUUGCGCAUGACGAGACAGAAUGAAGAAGAUGACGACGACGAAGAGUCGUACAAGCAACCCACAACUACUGCGCAAUCUACCCAGUACAAUCCAUACUCAAACAAUCCCCCUCCCCCUACGACCGAGUCUUCCGCCGCCGUGGCAAGUCUCCCCGUCAAUGGUCGAAGGCACCCGGCAAAAGUCUGUCCAUACAGACGUUUGGGGCAACGUUCCAUCGAGUUUUCGGGAAGGUGA